CUGCUGGUUUCAGGAUUGGAUACUACUUCCUCCAAGAAUUCUAUCAAGAUGUUACAGCUCCUCCUACUCACCCGACCGCCACACUUUCUCCUUUUAUCUCUGUGCCCAGUUUUGGAGCCAGCCUUCCUUAGAUGCCCUGGCCAAUCAAGAGACCACACAUUGUUGCCUAAGAGACCCCGGAUGCCAGCGACAGGAUUUAUAGGUGGUGAUUGGACUGCUGGAAGCGGUGAGGUGGGGGCUGAAAGGAGUCAAAGAAAGCUGUCCUAAUGCAACGAUAGCAACCCCAGAACCAGAGGCUUGAAGAAGGAGGCCAGCUGCUGAGUUGUAUCCCAAGGAACAUGAAACACAGUGACAGGCAGCCAUAAAGGAAAGGAAGCCAUAGGUACCUGCAGCUCGUAUCUGAGGACAAGGAUGAGGCAAUAGCUGUUGUCUUGGUAGACAAGGUGUAGUCUUUCUUAUGGAAAAACACCAGUUCAUUUCAUGAUGGCAUUUGCACCUCCCAAAAGCAUCGAUGGCCCAAAAAUGCAGACAAAGAUGAGUACCUGGACACCUCUAAACCAUCAGCUUCUGAACGACCAGGUGUUUGAAGAACGAAGAGCUCUGCUUGGAAAAUGGUUUGACAAAUGGACAGACUCUCAAAGGAGAAGAAUUCUUACAGGCCUGCUAGAGCGCUGCUCCCUGUCCCAGCAGAAGUUCUGUUGUCGAAAGCUGCAGGAAAAAAUUCCAGCAGAGGCCCUGGACUUUACUACCAAGCUUCCGAGGGUGUUGUCUGUCUACAUCUUUUCCUUCCUGGAUCCCCGGAGCCUUUGCCGUUGUGCACAGGUGAGCUGGUACUGGAAGAGCUUGGCUGAGCUGGACCAGCUCUGGAUGCUCAAGUGCCUGCGUUUUAACUGGUACAUCAGCUUCUCCCCAACGCCCUUUGAGCAGGGUGUCUGGAAAAAGCACUACAUUCAGAUGGUGAGAGAACUUCACGUCACCAAGCCCAAGACACCUCCAAAGGAUGGAUUCAUAACUGCCGAUGUUCAGCCCAUCCCUGGCAGUUCUCCAGAGGAGAAGCAGUCCCCUUCCUUAGCUCUUCGGUCCUCCUCCUCUUUAAGAAAGAAGACUAACCCUGGGGAGAAAGAGCUUCCACCAUGGCGAUCGUCAGACAAGCAUCCCACAGACAUCAUCCGCUUUAAUUAUCUAGACAACUGUGACCCAGAGCUCUUCAGGCUAGGAAGAAGAAAAAGAAAGGAAGUGACCCCAGACUUCAAGCAGCAGUUGCGAGAUAAGAAAAAUAAGCUUCAAGACAGAGCCAGGCUCAGGAAAGCACAGUCAUUGAUGUCCCUGAGUUCCCCUCCAAAAGUUCCAGUUCGUCUCGCCUGGCCUCUGCAUCUGCCAGGGGCACCCUCAGAUCACGAAGCAACAACCGAAGUUCUCACGGAGCACCAUCAGAAUCACCCUGGGCUUCCAUCACCCUCUCUGAGGCUCCAGAGUCAACGCUGACUUAAGGAUGGAAAAGGACUUUUCUCUGAAUGACAAGGUGUUCUUCACAGCUCAGACCUGGAUUAACUAGUCCCUCCAGUAAACUCUUUUGGCCUAAGUA